GGAGGUUUACCAGAAAAGAAUUUCUUGUGUUCUAACUCAUCUCUAUUUUUAAAACCAACAAAUUGUCAACAUAGAAACCCAAAAUCCCUCUGAGAAAAAUCUGUGUCGUCCCCUCAUGGCUUCCUCCGAUGGGAUCAGCCAGUUGCCGGAGGCACUCCUCGUUCACAUUCUCUCUCUUUUACCAUCAUACGAAUUACUCCGAACUUCAAUUCUCUCUAAAAGGUGGAAGUAUCUUUGGACUUGUGUUUACAACUUCAAUUUUAACCACAAUACAACAGUUAAAAAUGCGGAAACCUUUGUUGAUUAUGUAUUAGCUCAUAACGUUGCUUCAAAAAUUGUCAAAUUCGAACUUUGAUAGUGACAAUAGCAUGAACAAAUUUCUUAAUUUUGCUGUUGAAAGGAAAGUGGAAGAAGUUGUACUGGUGUCCUCCUAUCAACGGACACCCAUUCCUGAAUCUUUCUUCACUUGUUCGUCAUUGAUCACUUUGGAUGUUACACGUUGUGCUUUUCGUCGUCGUGACAAUGUCAUAUCCUGGAAGAAUCUGAAGAGUACAAAGUUGAAGGAAAUAUGGAUUACAUUGCAAAGUUAAUGAAAGGCUGUCCUGAAUUGGAAAGCAUGGAACUUAAAAGUGUGGAGUGUUUUAAUCGCCUGAAAAUUUAUUCGUGGUUGUACUUGGAGGAUAUUCGUUUAAAUAAAUAUGAUCCUGAGUUGAUCUCCAUGGAAAUUUUUGCACCUCGUCUUCAAGAUUUUAGAAUUUCAGCAGUUCUUGGAUUCGCCAAGUUUAGGAUUCUAGAUAUGUCUUCGUUGAUCAGUGCUAAUCUUAGUUACUUCAAUAGCAGCUCAAAACUGCCUGAGGAAGAUUGUCAGAAUGAUCAUCGAGGUUUUGUGACCCUCGUGCUAGGUAAUCUUCAAAAGUUGAGCUGCGCGACUGAGCUAACACUUGGGUAUUGGUUCACAGAGGUCGUGCACAUGCUGCAGCUCAAAGGGGUGUCUAUUCCAGAACUUAAAUGCAAAUAUCUAACGUUAAAGUUGGAUGAAGAGUUUAGUUUGGAUGGAGCAGCUGGUAUUUUGCGAGCCAUGCCGCAUGUGGAAACGCUCAACAUGGACGUGUUUACGCGGUUUGUUAGGUGCCGGUGCGACUUUGAGUUAAGAUGUUUGGCCGAAGGAGAUAGUAUUGAUUUGCAGAGUUGGAUUUGAGUUAAGAUGUUUGGCCGAAGGAGAUAGUAUUGAUUUGCAGAGUUGGAUUUCAAGCUUCGAGUUUCCCAACCUCAAGAAUGUCGCGAUUGUUCACCCAUCUGUAAUGUGUUCGACAUGUUUUUUACUUUAAACUUCCAAGCAAGGCUUCGACAAGCUUUUCAAACUUUCAGAAUUUGUGUUAAAGAAUGCACCAGUUCUGGAGAAGUUUGUGAUGGUAAAGGGAAAAAAGUGCAGGGUACGUUCAAAGAACCGCGUGUCCCCAUAUUUAUCUCAAAUCGCUAAGGCAUUAUUAAGUUGCCCAAGAGCCUCCACGAAUUGUGAGAUCAUCGUCGAGGAGUGAACUUUCCAUGACUAGACUGCAAGUAGUUUUCUGUUUCAAGAUACGCGAGAUGUCGCCUUAUGUUGAGUUUAACUUCUAUACUUAGCUUAUUACUAAUUUUUUCGACCUAUCCUUGUGAUGUAUGACUGUUAUGGUGUUGCAUUUUAGAUGUUUUACAUAUCCAUUGUCAUUUUCUUUCAACUCUUGUUUUCCUAGACCUGAUAAGAUGAACAGAUAAGCCACAUUUUUUAUUAUAGUUAGCCAUAUUAUAUG